UGUGUAUAAAUUGACAUGACCUAUUUUUCCCAUGUAAUAAUUUCUGCCCUAAAUGGCACUGCCCAUUUAUGUUAUGUUAAUCUCACUGGCCCCUUCCAACUUCCAUCAACUAUUCCAAUUCAUCCACUGGCUCACAGUACCAUUUCCUCUUCCUUCUCCGCGUCUGAACUCUGGUUCGCUUCAAUAAAUCCACCCUCCAAGCUGCAAAAUGUACUCGUGCUGGGUGAAGAAAUAGUUGAAAGGCAACGCUUUUGCGUGAGAAUGGGGUGUUUCUCUCUCUUCAAAGCCAAACGCAGGGUCUCGAAAGAGCCGGAGAGGGCCAGAGCUGGUGGAGGCAGAGUGGUAGCAAAGAUAUCUUCUUCAAACGAUUUGACGUUCCCAUCAGAUAACUCUGCCGACGGUAAGCAAGCAACCAAAUUCUCGGGCUUGACCCCGUCACCGCGGAGCAUUACGGCCAUAUUCGAGGAGAAGGCCGGCGAUCUUCGCGUCUUCGAGCUCUCAGAGCUCAGGAGCGCUACUAAUGGCUUCAGCCGGACGCUUAAGAUUGGGGAAGGAGGGUUUGGAAACGUUUACAAAGGAUUUAUUAGGUCUGCGGUUGUGGAGGGUAGAGGAGAUAGGGUUACGGUUGCUGUGAAGGUUCUGAACCAGAAAGGCUUGCAGGGACAUAAGCAAUGGUUGGCUGAAGUUCAACUCCUUGGUGUCCUUAAGCACCCAAAUCUUGUAACACUUAUUGGAUACUGUUCUAAAGAUGGUGAAAGUGGGAUCCAAAGGCUACUAGUUUAUGAAUACAUGCCAAAUAAAAGUUUAGAUGAUCAUCUUUUUAACAAAACUUAUUCUGUCCUUCCCUGGAAUUUAAGGUUGAGGAUAGCCUUGGGAGCAGCAGAAGGCUUAGCACAUCUACAUGAAGGCUUUGAAGUUCCGAUCAUAUACAGAGACUUCAAAGCAUCAAAUAUUUUAUUAGAUAAUGAGUUCAAGCCAAAACUGUCAGAUUUUGGGCUAGCCAGGGAGGGUCCAACUGGAGAUCGAACUCAUGUAUCCACUACAGUGCUAGGGACAUACGGCUAUGCUGCACCAGAUUACAUUGAAACUGGCCAUCUCACAACCAAAAGCGACGUAUGGAGCUUUGGGAUAGUGCUCUAUGAGCUCCUCACAGGUCGACGCCCGCUCGAGGAGAGCCGCCCUGUCAAUGAACAGAAGCUUUUGGAAUGGGUGCAGCAAUUUCCGAUCGAAAGCAAGAGGUUCAACAUGAUCAUGGAUCCAAGACUAAGGUAUCAAUAUUCAUUAAAAGCAGCAAGGGAGGUUGCUAAACUGGCAAAUAGCUGCCUUGCAAAGCAGGCCAAAGAACGGCCUAAGAUAAGUGAGGUCGUUGAGAAACUGAAACAAGCAAUUCAUGUUACUGAAGCAUCAAGGAACAUGGGCUCUAUAUCAGAGCAUGCGGUGGGUAUGUUAGAGAAGGGAAAAGGAAUUGAAUCUUAAGCUAAUGGGUAGUGUUAAUAUAAGCAGCUUUAUGAAGGAAAAUUGUGGUUUGUAGUGCUGAUAAACGGCCUCUUGUGUGCAAAAUUUUAAGUGGACGUAGAGAAAUGAGAUUAUUAGGCGGUUUUCUCUUCAUUUUUCACUUGUGUAGAGAGGUUCAUUUCUGAAAUAGCCGCACUGCUAUGAAUGAUCGGUACAUGCACAUUAUGUUGUAUGAUAGAAGCUGAAUUUGUUAACAAAAUGUAUAAAUAAAGGGUAAUUUUUUAAUAGUAUCAUUUUUCACCAA